AUGCGGCUCCUACGCCUGGAGCUGAGUCUCGGGCCAGUGCCCCAGGUGGUGCAAUUGGCAGACGGACUGGAAGGUUCGGGUGGCCUCGGGGAGGGCACGCUGCCAACCCAACGUUUCACACUGCCCUUGCCAGAUGACGCGCGGGUUCUCGGCUUCAGGUAUUGGGAAGUCGGCGGCUCAGGUUCUUGCAUAGCAAAGGACGGCGCUGAAGCCGCGGCCUGUCGUGCUGAGGCCACAGAUCCAACCACGGGCUUCGCGGAUCGUCGAGAUAUCCACAUCCUUCUGGAUGUCCAGGGCAAGCUCCAACUGGAGCCCCUUUCGCGCCGAUACAUUCGCUCCAACUCGAUCAAGUUUCCAGGCCGCCUGGCCUGGAUGCCUCCUGCCUUAGAGAGCUUGGAGAAGGAGCCCGAGAGCGUUGAUAUCCCCAUGUUGCCUGAGGUCACCGGACUGCGGACCAUCCAGGGAACCGUGGACCACAUCGUGGAGUGCCAGUAUGAGCAGAGCUGGACCUGCACCCUCGACGCCGUGAGAAGCCUGACAGGGCAAUCCGCGAUGUUCUGGGCCGACCUUUUCCUGUUGACUUUAGCCCUCUUCUACGUUGACAUCGCCCUGGACGUGAAGCAAUUGGGGUUGUUCUGGCAAAACAAACUUUUCGGCUACUUCUUCCUCAACGUCGCCGGCAUGGCCCUACCGCCAGUUUUCACAACAUUGGAGGCGGUGGAUUUCCUCGAUCGGCGAUCGCCAGAAGAAGACCAGCUUAAGACGCUCCUUACACCCAAGAUGCUGGUGCCAGCCAUGCUCCUGUCCAUCUGCACGCAGACCCAUAUGCGCCAUCCUCUGCUUGCAGGAGCCAAGCAUGCAGAGGUGGCCGAAUCGGCCGUGUCUGCCCUGGUACAGACGAAUUUCCUAGUCUCGGCGCUGGGUGGCAUCGCACAGAUCGAGGCCCUGGAGCUGCCCGAUGAGGAGCUCAACAGCAUGAAGAUUUCGGUCCUCGUCUCUUGCUUCAGUCUGGGCCUGGGCUUCGCCAGCCGAGACAAGGCCGACUCGGCCGUUCUGGAGCUACCAGGGAAAGUCGGCUGGGGGCCGACCAUGGGCGGCCUCGUCCUGGCGAGGUCACUGGAAGUCUUCAGCCGCAUUCUGGCACUCAACGUUCUCCAAGCGUCCCUACGGGGCUUGCCGCUGCUGCGAUUCGCCGGGGUCGGAGCAGUGGCACUCGCUUUCCUCGCGGCUUGCCUGGCCUUCCCGGACGCCUCCUGGGCCGACGCCGCAGCCGCGGUGAUCGCCCACCCAGGGCAAAUUCUGGAGCCGAAUUCCCUACUGAAGUGGAGGUAUUCAUUCAUCAUCCACUUCCUGCUGGUGGCUGCUGCCGGAGGAGGGCAGUUGCUGCUGCGGACGAGCACGGUCCUGCCUGACAUGCUGCUGAUUGCGUGGCUCGUGCCGGGCUUGACUUGUCCAAGUCAAAGUCAGGUCGUGAGCUUCGUCAGCUGGGCAGCGCUUGGCCUCCUCAGCUGGCUCGGCCACCACGUGGAGCAGCCGCGCUUUGUGGCUUUGGCGUCAGGAGACGAGCCUGUCAUAGCCUACUCGAGCCUGCAGGCUGGCCUCCCCAGCCCGGACGGCCAGGUGCCCAAGGCGGUCCUGGCAGCAAUGCAGGGCAAGGUCGCCGUCGACCUGACGACAGACGCCGCCGCCCGCGGCUUGACGCAGCAGGGCCUCGAGAGGAUCCUCGAGUCCACCGGCGACGUUCGCUUCGAUGGCGGAUUAAUUGAGAGGCUGGCCAUCCCCCAAGAGGCGGUGGUGGAGGGCGUGGCGACGUUGCAUCCUGCCACUCUGCACCUCCCUGACUUCGUGGACGUCCCGGCGGACUCCUGGGAGCGCUUGGGCGCGAGCCUGGACAGCGAGCGCCUGCGGAAGGCGAACCUCGAUAUGUGCUUCCGCGAUUCUGGCGAGGGCUCCAAGCCGCUGCUGGCUGCGCUGGCGCGGUGCCGGAAGCUGAAGGACCCGCCGACUUCCGAGUUCCGAGAGCUGGCGAUGUACGGUUGCAUGGAAGUCCCGGGCGAGGCCUGGGCGGAGCUCGGAGCCGCGGAGUGGCCGGAACUCCGGAAGGCGAGCUUUGGAGUGUGUUUCUACUCAAGCGGCUCGGGCUCGGAGGAGCUGCUGGCAGCUUUGGGCCGCUCCCAGCAGCUGGAGGAGGUGGACUUCCGGGGGUGCGAUCAGAUCCCCGACGCGGCCUGGGAGCUGCUGGGCGACGGGGCCUGGCCUCGCCUCCGGGUUGCCUUCGGCAUCCCGGAGGAGCACCUGGAGCGCCUGCGCAAAGCUCCUCUGGACCUCGAAGCGGGUGCAGGCGAGGUGGCAAGCUCCCUGGAGCUGCAGGAGCCCGGUGCCAAGCAGCUGCCCAUGUACCCCACUUUCGUCACCUCCGUGGUGAUGCUGGGAGCUGGCGGCGCAGCGGCAGUUCAGGGGGACCUCGGCCUGCUGCCCGCUCUGGCCCGCUCCGAUGUCGAGGAGCUGAACUUAGAUGAGUGCCGGGACGUCCCUGCCGCCGUGUGGCAGCAGCUCGGCCAGGGUGAGGGACGUGGGAGGAAGGGCCUUCGCCGCCUUUCUCUUGAGAGGUGCUUCGACGAGCAUUCCAAGGGCGGCGAGGGCGCCGCCGGGCUGCUGUUGGCCUUGAGCCGCUGCCAGCUGCUGCAGGAGCUGCAGAUGGGUUACUGCUCUCAAAUCCCGGCUGCGGCCUGGCAGCAGCUCAAGGGCGCCCACUGGCCGAAGCUCACGAAGGUGGACGUCGACAGGCGCCUCGGCUUUUGGGCACCUGUUGGAGUGUUCUGGGAUCCUCUGGUGGAGAUGGUUUUGGGGGGUGUGAGGGAGAUGUGGGAUCGGUGCGAGACUUUAAGGUGGCAGACACCCAGGCCCAGCCAUUUCACAGAAAGCUCGUGGUGUGAGACGAUGUCUUUGAAAAGAGCAGCCGAAGCUCGAGAUUCUCUCGGCACAGCUUUCUCACCCAGUGCCGGCUCAGGUGCUUCGACAAAGAGUCGAAGGGCGCCGGCGGCGCGGCGGUGCUUCUUGUGGCCCUGGCCCGCUGCACUGAGCUGCAGGAUGCGGUCGCAUUGCACUCCAAACAAAGCCCUAGCGAUGAUGUGA